GGCAGCCAGCAGCGGGGAGACAGGCCCAGCUGGGGACCUGGAACCGGUGGCUGCUCCUUGCAGGGGACCAGAAGUCCGUGGUCAGGCCCUCCCACCGAGGCCCUGUGCCGGCACCCCCGGACACCCCACCCUCCUCUGCCUUCCUCUUCCACCUGCUCCUCUCCAUCCUCCCCUCCCUCCUCUUUUUCUUCCUCCCCCACUUCCCCCUCUUCCCCAUUUCUCCACCCUGCCUGGCCCCUCGGGCCUCUCUGGGUCUCCCAGCACCCCAUCCUCUCAGCCCCUCCACUGCUCGGCCUCUUCCUGCCCCCGGCAUGCUUUUCCCGUGGGGGCUGAAGGUUUGAGGACUCCAGGCCUUUGCCUCAGCCAGGGCAGGGCCAAGGCUCCAGGGGGGAGGGGGGAAGGGGGUGACCCCCUCCCCCCAUCAGGCCCUCCCCUCCCCCACCUCUCCUGAUGGCCAGCUUUCUUUUCUCCACCCAGUCCUCGCCCCCUGUGGCCCCCCCAGGCCGGCCAGGCUAGGGGAGGGGGCGGGGGCCCUUUCCUGGGCCGGCUUCCCCCUCCCCCGGCUCUGCCUUCGCCCCCCUCCCUUCCGUUUUCACCUUCCUCUCCUCCCUUCCUCUCUCCUUCCCCUCCAUUUGCUCCUUCCCCCUCUCCUCUCCCCUUCUCUCCUCCAUUUUCUCCUUUCCCCUUCCUCCCCUCCCUGGCCCGCCCUCUCCUCUUCCACCUGUCCUUCCUCCCCGCUCCCGGGAGCCACCGUUUUGGAUUAGUUGGGGGCCACCGCCGGCGGCGGGGGAGGGGGCCCCUUGGACUGCCCUCUCCCCCCGCCCCAGCCACACCAUCACCCAGCGCCUGAGCAUCUCCCAUUGUCGUUUGCGGGCCUCGAGGGAGCCCAGCCCUCCAUCCCACCAGGAUCCGUGGCGAGUGGGGGCCGCGGCAGCUGCGUCCCCAUGAGGAGGGGAGGAAGAUGCCGGCUGAGCUGCUGCUGCUGCUGAUUGUUGCCUUCGCCAGCCCCAGCUGCCAGGUGCUCUCAUCACUGCGCAUGGCUGCAAUCCUGGACGACCAGACAGUGUGUGGCCGAGGUGAGCGUCUGGCCCUGGCCCUGGCCCGGGAGCAGAUCAACGGGAUCAUCGAGGUCCCAGCCAAAGCCCGAGUGGAAGUAGACAUCUUUGAGCUGCAGCGGGACAGCCAGUACGAGACCACGGACACCAUGUGUCAGAUCCUGCCCAAGGGGGUCGUGUCUGUCCUAGGACCUUCGUCCAGCCCUGCAUCUGCAUCUACCGUGAGCCAUAUCUGUGGGGAGAAGGAGAUCCCUCAUAUCAAGGUAGGCCCUGAGGAGACACCCCGCCUUCAGUACCUUCGCUUUGCGUCUGUCAGCCUGUACCCCAGCAACGAGGACGUCAGCCUGGCUGUCUCCCGAAUCCUCAAGUCUUUCAACUAUCCCUCGGCCAGCCUCAUCUGCGCCAAGGCUGAGUGCCUGCUGCGAUUGGAGGAACUGGUGCGCGGGUUCCUCAUCUCUAAGGAGACGCUGUCGGUGAGGAUGCUGGACGACAGCCGAGACCCCACGCCACUGCUGAAGGAGAUCCGCGACGACAAGGUGUCCACCAUCAUCAUCGAUGCCAACGCGUCCAUCUCCCACCUCAUCCUCCGCAAGGCCUCGGAGCUGGGAAUGACCUCAGCGUUUUACAAGUACAUCCUCACCACCAUGGACUUCCCCAUCCUGCAUCUGGACGGUAUCGUGGAGGACUCCUCCAACAUCCUGGGCUUCUCCAUGUUCAACACCUCCCACCCCUUCUACCCCGAGUUCGUGCGCAGCCUUAACAUGUCCUGGAGGGAGAACUGUGAAGCCAGCACCUAUCCGGGCCCUGCGCUCUCAGCUGCCCUGAUGUUCGACGCUGUGCAUGUGGUAGUGAAUGCUGUCCGAGAGCUGAACCGCAGCCAGGAGAUUGGUGUCAAACCUCUGGCCUGUACAUCUGCCAACAUUUGGCCCCACGGGACCAGCCUCAUGAACUAUCUGCGCAUGGUAGAGUAUGAUGGGCUGACCGGGCGGGUCGAAUUCAACAGCAAAGGGCAGAGGACCAACUACACCCUGCGCAUCCUGGAGAAGUCCCGGCAGGGCCACCGCGAGAUUGGGGUGUGGUACUCUAACCGGACCCUAGCCAUGAAUGCCACCACACUGGACAUCAACCUGUCACAGACGUUGGCCAACAAGACACUGGUGGUCACCACCAUCCUGGAGAACCCGUACGUCAUGCGCCGGCCCAACUUCCAGGCCCUGUCGGGGAACGAGCGCUUCGAGGGCUUCUGCGUGGACAUGCUGCGGGAGCUGGCGGAGCUGCUGCGCUUUCGCUACCGCCUGCGGCUGGUAGAGGACGGGCUGUACGGAGCGCCCGAGCCCAAUGGCUCCUGGACGGGCAUGGUUGGCGAGCUCAUCAACCGGAAGGCAGACCUGGCUGUGGCUGCGUUCACCAUCACGGCCGAGCGGGAGAAGGUCAUCGACUUCUCUAAGCCCUUCAUGACCCUGGGGAUCAGCAUCCUCUACCGCGUGCACAUGGGCCGCAAGCCUGGUUACUUCUCCUUCCUGGACCCCUUCUCCCCUGCUGUGUGGCUCUUCAUGCUUCUCGCCUACCUGGCUGUCAGCUGUGUACUAUUCCUGGCCGCCAGGCUGAGCCCCUACGAGUGGUAUAACCCGCAUCCGUGUCUGCGGGCGCGCCCCCACAUCCUGGAGAACCAGUACACGCUGGGCAACAGCCUCUGGUUUCCCGUGGGGGGCUUCAUGCAGCAGGGCUCGGAGAUCAUGCCCCGGGCGCUGUCCACGCGCUGCGUCAGCGGAGUCUGGUGGGCCUUCACCUUGAUCAUCAUCUCCUCCUACACGGCCAACCUGGCCGCCUUCCUCACCGUGCAGCGCAUGGAGGUGCCUGUGGAGUCGGCCGACGACCUGGCAGAUCAGACCAACAUUGAGUAUGGGACCAUCCAUGCUGGCUCCACCAUGACCUUCUUCCAGAAUUCGCGGUACCAGACAUACCAGCGUAUGUGGAACUACAUGCAGUCGAAGCAGCCCAGUGUGUUCGUCAAGAGCACGGAAGAGGGCAUCGCCCGUGUCCUCAACUCCCGCUAUGCCUUCCUGCUUGAGUCCACCAUGAAUGAGUACCACCGGCGCCUCAACUGCAACCUCACCCAGAUCGGGGGCCUCCUCGAUACCAAGGGCUAUGGCAUUGGCAUGCCGCUUGGCUCCCCAUUCCGGGACGAGAUCACUCUGGCCAUCCUGCAGCUGCAGGAGAACAACCGGCUGGAGAUCCUGAAGCGCAAGUGGUGGGAGGGGGGCCGGUGCCCCAAGGAGGAAGACCAUCGAGCUAAAGGUUUGGGCAUGGAGAACAUUGGCGGCAUUUUUGUCGUGCUCAUCUGUGGCCUCAUCAUUGCUGUCUUCGUGGCAGUCAUGGAGUUCAUAUGGUCCACACGGAGGUCAGCAGAGUCCGAAGAGGUGUCGGUGUGCCAGGAGAUGCUGCAGGAGCUGCGCCACGCCGUGUCUUGCCGCAAGACGUCGCGUUCCCGCCGGCGCCGGCGUGCGGGCGGUCCGAGCCGGGCCCUGCUGUCGCUGCGCGCAGUCCGCGAAAUGCGCCUCAGCAACGGCAAGCUCUACUCGGCCGGCGCGGGCGGGGAUCCCGGCGGCGCGCACGGGGGCCCCCAGCGCCUCCUGGACGACCCGGGGCCCCCCGGUGGCCCCCGGCCCGCCGCCCCCACGCCCUGCACCCACGUGCGCGUCUGCCAGGAGUGCCGGCGCAUCCAGGCGCUGCGGGGCUCCGGGGCCGGCGCGCCCCCCCGCGGCCUGGGCGCCCCCGCCGAGGCCACCAGUCCGCCCCGGCAGCGGCCCGGCCCCGCCGGCCCCCGCGAGCUAGCGGAGCACGAGUGA